UCUAUUACGGUGUUAGCUAACCCAGCUACCUUUAUUAUCUUUAUUAUGCUGUAGCGGUCUGGAUAUUCACAAAUAAACAAACAGCGUAGUUGGGACCCUCCAGAGAUGGCAACCAAAGGAGCCAAAGAAAUGAUUGUAAAUAAACUAGGAUUUAAAAGCAGCACCCCAAAGUCUGUGGAAGCUGAACUAGAGAAAGUAAAAAAGGAAAAUACCCAACUGAAGAAAAAUUUGGAUGAAAUGUCUAAACAAAAACUUAGAUCCCCAUGUCCUGAUUCGGAUAAAUCCAAGCUUAUGGAGAGGAUUGUGUCACUGGAAAUGCUGAGGGAGAGGAAUUCACAGCAGUUGCUGGCGAAGGACCAGGAGAUAAGCUCUCUGAGCCGACAGCUAGCUGCCAAAGGUGGCGAGGUAGUGGUUUCCUUGCAGAAACAGCUGGAGCAGAGCAGAAAAGAAGCAGAGCAGAGAGAGAAACUCUUCCAGGCCCUCUCACAGGAGACGGAGGACCUGAAAAACAAGUUGGCGGCUGCAGCCAAGAGGUGCCAAACACUUGGGAAACAUGUGACUGAUGUACAGGCACCUUCAGGUGAGGUUGCAGUAAUCCAGGAGCACCUGCGAGAUGCCCUGGAGAAAAAUCAGCACUGGUUGGUUUAUGACCAGCAGAGAGAGACCUAUGUUCAGGGGAUCUUGGCCAGGAUAACAGAGCUUGAACAGCAGCUAAACCAAGCCAAGCAAGCACUCCACCAACCUCAUAAAGAUGGCAGUUUGGAAGCAGGUCCACUGUCCCCGACUGCACAGAGGAACCCGGAUGAGUUCCUUAAAGUGGCCCAGCAGGAGCUGGAGGAGGAGCGGGUGCAGGGCUUUCGUGUACGAGCUGAACUCAAUGAGCUGAGGGCCAAGUAUGAAGAGAGGACCCGAGAGAUGAUUCGCACCCAGGAGGAGCUCAAGGAGGAGCGGCAGAACAGUCGGCAGGCCUUGGGGGAGGAGAGGAAGCUGGCAACAGAACGUGCAGCUCGGCUGCAGAGUGAGAUGGAGGUGGCCAGUGCCCGUUUGGAGGAGGAGAGGAAAAGGGUGACUGAGAUGAUGUCACAGGUGAACCUACUUCAGAAAUCCCUGUUGAACCAGCAUGAGGAGCAAAAAAAGAUUGCUGUUUUGGAAAAACAGAUCCAGUUGUCUACCAAAGAUUUUGAGAAUGAGAAACUGGACCGUCAGAGUCUACAGCACCAGCUUCACAAAGUGCUGAAGGAGCUUCGUAAAGCGAGAGAUCAGAUCACACGGUUGGAGUCCACAAAACAGCAACGUGAAACUCGAUUCUCUGAGCCCAGCUCAUAUGAAAAACUGGACAGGGGGAGGCUGACCAUUCAUGACCACAUCCUGAACCCUACAUCCCCAAUGAAAGGUCCCGGCACACUGGAUGAGAGCAUCCUGGAGUGUCCCAACUGCCGGGCGUUGUACCCCACCAGUCAGCACAGAGAGCUUCUCGCACAUCUGGACUACUGCUUCAACUAAGACUUCCUAACAAAAAGGGAAUAAUGAUAAUCUGCCUAUGACUUUUUUCUUGAUUAGAAUUUUAUAUUUUUGUAUUUGUUUUAUCCUGCUUGACAUUACAAAGAAAUUUCUCAGUAUUUUUAAGAUAAAUCACUGGUGGUGUAGACAUUCUUUUGGGUAUUCAUGAAAGGAUUUAGUGGUGCAUUUAUGUGACGCAUAUUUAAGGAAGAUAUUAAUUUAUGAUUGUUGUAGCAUCUUCAUAAACAGUCUCGGGCUCACUUGUGCAUAUUUUCAUUUUAUUAUACAAACCCUUGUUUUGAACACAGUAAACUCAAAAGAUCAUGAUUCAUUUUUGUGAUCAGCUUUUUUUUUUUUUUUUUUUCAAUAUCAUGUCCACUUUUUUUUUCCUUCCCAACCUACAAUGUAACAAGGAUUCAAAAAACAUUUCUGAAUCCUUGAAUUAGAUUGCAUUUGUAAUUGCUUAAUUUACACCUAUUUAAAGUAAUUAGUGUGACUGCUGUUGUCAGGGCAGAAUGCAGCAAGACAUUCUUUAACACGGCGGGCUGGGGGGGCAUGCCCAUGUGGAGGGCCUGCAGAGUAACCAGUUAGAAAGUUUCUGUCAAGACACCCAACUUUCAAUUUCAUUGCUUUAGCUACUGUACGUUUUUUAUACACGUUAGUACAGGGUUGCCUAUUGUGGUUUAUAUUAUUCACACCAGAACAAAAUGUUCAGACUUGCCCUAUAAAUCAAGUCACAAGAGCAAGUUGAAACAGCUGUGCUGUCAUAAGUGCUGUGUUCAUUAGUCUGUUCAAAACAAAAAACAAAACAAAACACUCCUGAGGUCAUAAAUUUGUUCUCUUACACUUCCAAAACCAUAAGUGCUUGUAUCCUGGUUCUAUCCAUUUAUAUAACAAUGGCAGUUAUAUUCAGCAAGAGCAUUUUAUUUUAAUAAGUAGCUUAAAUUACAUCAUGUAACCAUAGCACACUGGUAACAUUAUUUGUGUUCAAAUUUUCAGUCCUUAACUUUUUCUCUUACACUUAGCAUUUGUCAUGCAGAUAUUGGAUUGUGUUUAAACGAAUAUCUUUAUUUACAUGUAUACUA